AAACCAGAAUCCAGAGGCCAGUCUUAUUUGUGGCCAUGUGGUGUUAGGGUAAAUAUGAUUCAAACGAUUAUCUUCAUAUUCUUCUUGCCUUCACUCGUAAAGGGUUCGUGCGAGGGUAAAAUAGCAACAUGUGAGGGACGAAAUCCCCCUAGGCUGGUUUGUGGCUCAAACGGUAUAACAUACACCACCAGAUGCCAUCUUCUAAAAGCCAUGUGCGCAGGGAAGCCUGGUCUUCGUGUGGCACACAAAGGGCCUUGUACUUCUAAACAACCCUGUUGGGCCAAUGAAGAUACAAGAGCAGACGAAGAAGGGCUGACAUUUAGGCCUAAAUGUCUUUCGGAUGGAAGAUACGCUCCUGUCCAAUGCCACGAAAGUACUGGCUACUGCUGGUGCGUUACGGAACAUGGUAAACCCAUAAGCAAUACAUCCGUCAGAAACACCAAACCCAAAUGCAACCGAAGAGGAAAACAGAGAAUUGGAUCUACAAGAGGUCUUAAACAAAAGAAAGGCUGUGGGCGAUUGGAAAGGGCUAAUUUUAUAACUAACUUAAUCAGAAUAUUUAAAACCGAAUAUGGAAGAAUAAACGAAGAACCAAUGAACGCUACCCAUGAUGAAAUGGUUCAAUUGGCUGUUCGAUGGAAAUUUGACACUUUGGACGGAGACGAGAACAAGACAUUGACCAGAGAUGAAUACAUAGAUCUGAAAAAAAUUAUAAGGAAAGUUGUUAGGCCCAAAAAGUGCGCCCAUUCGUUUAUUAGAUACUGCGAUUUGAACAGAGACAGUAUCCUUACUUUACAGGAGUGGGAAAAUUGCCUGCAAAAACCCACGGUUAGGAGGAAAAAAAAUAAAUUGACGAAAAAUAAAGAAAGGGAUUUCGGAGUAGUGCAAGACAGCGUAUCUUUGCUGAGCGCCAACUUUUCAGGUUUGGGCGUUGAAGAACAGUCGGAAAGAAAAGAUGAACCAGAAAUCAACGAUUGUUGGAGUGAUCGAAAUUCAGUCUUAGAAGAGCAACAAGGCGGAUUAGCCAAACUAUACAUUCCGGAAUGCACUAAUGACGGACGAUACAAAAAAAUCCAGUGCUACACGUCAACAGGGUACUGUUGGUGCGUUCAUGAAGAUACGGGUAAACCUAUACCCGGUACUUCGACGAGGGAGCCGUACCCAAAAUGUGAUGCAGUCCAACCUCCACCUCGUCCAAUGAAGGGUUGUUCGGAAAAUACAAAACGAGUCUUUUUGAAUGACCUCCUUGCAUUUUUCAAGCACAUGAAAGUAAUACAGGGUACGACAAGUGCUGACAAAACAGCCAUUUUGAAAGAGGAUCAAUCCACUGCAGAGAAGGAGUCAAUCGCUCAGUGGUAUUUUUACCAAUUGGACAUAAAUAAAAACAAAGUGCUUGACAGGAAGGAAUGGAAAACAUUUAGGUCGACAAUCGCACAGCACAAUCGACUAAGACAUUGUGGGAAAAAAUUACCGAGAUAUUGCGAUGUCAAUCAUGACAGGAAGAUAAGCAUUACCGAAUGGUUCAACUGUUUAAGUAUUCACGAAGAAACUUCAAAAACGGUGGUUUCUACAACAAGCCAGAAAAGAAGAGGACCGAAUCCCUUGGAGUCGCUACUGCACGAUGAUUAACCGUUAACUCAAAUUGUGAUUUCUGCUUGUCAGUUGAUAUUGAAACAUAUUUUGAUUCAUUACUUAGUUUUUAUUAUUAACUAUUUGCUUUAAAAAUAAAUUAAUUACACUUUUUUUAAAAGAAAAAAAA